GGUUUUCAUCGAUUUAUGUGGCAGCGCGCGCGCGCGAGCGGGGGAGUCUACAGACGGCACGGCCUGGCUCCGAGAAAACCUGUGACGUCACUGGGGUAGAGAGAGCCAGAGCGAACGUUGGUUUCCGUAGGCUGCAUCUGGCGCUGGCUGCAGCCUUUAGUCCGCCGGAUGUGAUCGGGGCGGCCCAAGUUUCCUAGGAUACCGGCAUAACACCGGCGACAGCAGGGCAGGUUCGAGCUCUCCCUUCAUAACCCAUCACGGACUGCGCAGGGUGGGUACAGCUGUGUCUACAUCUGUGAGUUAAUACCUUUCGUCUCCCUCUCUCACACCGCGCCAGCUUCCGCCGCGUGCUGUGGCAUAUCGAACACUCCGCACAUCUUUUCCUUGACAUGAGGGAGGGGAAGAACCCGGGCGCCACCUGUUUUCUUAUGCAGUUAUCGUCGUCGUCGUCGUGUGGUAGGGCCGAUUUCCUUUUCAGCGACUUUGUUCCUCUCUUUUGGAGUCGUAAUGACCGUGGCAGCUGGGGUGGGGGUCGUCGUGACCAGGUAGCCAGACUUUCUCUUGUGUGCGAGGGUCCUCAGAGCGUAAGCUAGUCAUCAUGGCCAUGGAGACAGUGCUCGCUACUACGGAGUGUGACCAGCACCGUCGGGAUGUUCUUUCGUGCACGCGUGGUUGGAGUGAGUGAGCUGGACAGCGGAGGAACCACGUGGGGGGUGUGAGUGUGAUGUGAUCCUGAAAAGUGGAACUGGUGAGCGUGGACUAAACGUGCUUGCAUGUGGCCGGCAGCGCUCGGGGCAGUGCUGGGAGUGCAGGUAGUGCCGAGCAGUAACUCCGCCACCACCAUGCCCAGUCGCAACCGGUACUCCCUGUUUGCCUGCACCCAGCCCAUGGACGACUUUAUGACGGAGGAACCGCACAUCAUGGAUAUCCGACAGCAACUGUGUGACCAGCUGAAAUGCCUUGACGUGAAGUUGGAUACUGAAGUGUCGAUAGUGUACGAGCUGCAGGAGUUCUUCCGGCGGCGGGCGGAAGUGGAACUGGACUAUGCGCGCAAUCUGGACAAGCUGGUCAAGCAGAUGAUCACACGACACCGCGCAGAGAAACAAAAACAAGAACAAUGGGCCACCAUGUCAACGUACGCCUGCUGGAAGCACCUUCUGGGCAUCACUCGCAAGGAGAGUCAGAACCACAGCGUCAUGAGCGACGUCUACGGCACCCAGAUGGUCCAGCGCCUGCAGGAGGUCAUCGAGAACUCGCAGCGCAUCUACAGAAAGUGUCGGGACAUCGGCGCCGAGUCACACGACGACAUCCUCAAGGUUCUCAGUGAACUGCAGAGCGCGAUGAAGACGUACCACAUCUACCAAGCUGAUGCCAAGCAGGCAGAGCUGAAGCUGCGCAGCGUGGAGUCGCAGAAGACCAAGGUGGAGCAGCAGCUGUCCGGCAAGAACAGCACCAGCCGCAAGCUCAAGGGCCUGGAGCGACAGGCGGAAAAGAAACAACAAAAAUACUCAGAAAACAAGCUGAAAGCUCUGAAGGCUCGCAAUGACUACUUGCUGUGUAUAGAGGCUGCAAAUGCUGCCAUUAGCAAGUACUUUUCUGAUGACAUCUCCGACCUAAUGGACUGCAUGGACUUUGGCUAUCACAACUCUGUAGGGAGGGCUAUGAUGAUGUAUCUGUCUAUACACGAGCACCUGCGCAAUGAACACCAAAAGUUUGUGGAUUCCCUUAACAAGUGCAUCACGGACCUGGACUCUCGUGCAGACAAGCAGAAGUUCAUGGAGCUCAACAAUCAAGUCUUUAUGCUGCCAAAGAAAUUCGAGUUUCAACCUUUCAAAGGGGAUGAGAUCCGCCAAAUCAGUGCUCAGAAGGAAGUUCAAGAAGAUCUGAUUCAGCGCUACAACACUAUCACUGACCGCCUUGGCAGCCUCAAAGUGGAAAAUGAUGAGGUAUGGAAGACAUUGGAAACAACUGAGAAGAUGUUGGUGGACAUGAUCCAGAUUAAAGACUAUGACAUCACACGGUAUUUUGUUGAAGAACCUGCUCCACCCCGCUCUCCACAUGAAGCAGCCAAACACAGGUCUGAUCGGAUAGAAACGGAGUCUUAUUAUCUAGAGAAAUUCCGUGAAUACACAAUAAGCUGCAAUCGGCUGGCACGACUUCAGAGCAAAUUCAACCAGAUCCAGAAGGCUCUUGGUGACAACCAGAUAUCCACCACAGGGGCUCCAAGGGCCCCGGCUCUUCCACCCAAACCCAAGAAAAGGCGGAUUGGUCGCACUCCUCCUGUUGGUCAGCCUAAGCUGUUUGGAGGCAGUCUGGAGGAGUAUAUAGAGGCAACUGGUGAAGAAAUUCCCCUGGUAAUCAAGAGUUGUAUUAGAGUCAUCAACUUGUAUGGGAUGCAUCAUCAGGGUGUCUUCCGUGUAUCUGGAGCCCAGGUGGAAAUAAAUCAUUUCAAGAACACAUUUGAGUCUGGUGAAGAUGCUUUGGCAGAAGUUGUGGAUGCUAGUGACAUGAAUUCCAUCGCUGGCGUUCUGAAGUUGUACUUCAGAGAGCUACGGGAGCCACUCUUUCCCCUUCAUCUGUUUGAUGCUUUGGUAGAGUGCACACGUGAGAAUGAUGUUCAGAGACGACUGGAGAGAAUCAAGGAUCUACUGGCAACUUUGCCUCGCUCAAUAUUUGUUGUCAUGCGCUAUCUUUUUGCCUUCCUAAAUCAUCUGUCAGAGUACAGUGAUGAAAACAUGAUGGAUCCGUACAACUUGGCCAUCUGCUUUGGUCCGACCCUUUUGCCUAUACCGCCUGAUCGUGACCAAGUGUCCUACCAGGCUUCUGUCAACGAGAUCAUCAAGACUAUCAUCAUGCAUCAGGAGGAGAUUUUCCCCAAUGAUGGUGGCGAAAUUUAUGAGAAGUGUAUCCUGGAAAACAGUCGGAAUAGUGUGGAUGCUGUGGAUGAAGAUGAUGAAGAUGAAACCAGCUCUAUCCCAAGUGAUGAGGAAGGUUCUAUAUUUGAACCAGAAGUAAAAGAAGCAACAGCUCUGCAUGAUUAUGAGGGCCGAUCAGGCCGAGAACUUUCCUUCAAGAAAGGAGAGGUCUUGAUUCUCUACACGCAGGUGUCUCACGACUGGUGGGAGGGCUGCUGCCAUGGCCAGGAGGGACUUAUUCCAGACAAGUAUAUUGCUGUCAAGACAACACAGCGUGAAGAUGCUCGUCAUCAGGCCGGUGAGGAUAAAACCAGCUCCACACAGUCUUUGCCUGCAAAGGGCGUUACGCGUCAGGUUAGCAGUGAUUCUGGCUUGGAGGCAUCUGACAAAUCGACUUCAGCCUCCCAGCCGAAUAUUGUCAUCCGAGAAACAGAUAUUAUAGGAGUGGAAUCCCCCGAUCCUACUCCCCUCUCAACCUCCUCAAGCAAUACUGUGGGAUCUCGUGACAUGACUUCAAGUGUGUCAAGUGGUAGUGACUUGUCUCCCAUCCAAGAGGAUCAUGAACAGCUUCAAUCGAGUUCAGCAGUAUCAAGCCCUUCCUCAUUAGUUGACUCUUCCAUGUCCACGUCAAUCACAUCAGAGAGCGGGGCAGAUGAACUCUCUCUGGACAUUGACCAUGCCCUCGAGGAGGUCAUGGCUGGCCUGAAGUCACUGGAGAUGCAGCAGAAGUCUGACAAGCGCAUGAGUCUGCCUCUUGUCAAACUGAAGCAGACACCCAAGCACACACCAGACCUGGUGCUAGACCUACCUGAAGGCUCAAAUACUCCCCCAUCCCAUGACUCAAGCGAGCCUGACAGUCCCACAACAGCUGCAGAGACCUUUGCAAAGUCGAACCAGGGCACGCUGAAAAAAGCCAGUGGCCCUAUGAUGACUUCUUCCACAACAGUGGCCAUACCUGCAACUGGUGCACUGCCCACAUCUCAGUUUCAGCGCAACACAUCACCUGCCAACCGCCUGAGUAUUUCCAGUGAGCCUGGGGACCUGAGCUCGUCUCAGGUCCACAUGUCUACCUUCGGCUCCUCUGCGUUCAAGCGCAGCCAACAAGCCAGCAUGCCAAGUGUGCAUCAAAUACGACAGCAAGCAGAGUUCAUCAUCAGCCUCACCAGUGGUGGUAUCGCAGGUGGUGUACUGGGCGAUGGGGGGAGUCCAGGCAGUGGCCUCCACACCACAAAAACUGGUCCGUCAGGUACAACCCCUACACCCCCACCUGUUGCUCAGAAGCCUAGAGUCCCAGUGAAGGUGAAACCACCAGUGAUGAAGAAACCAACAAAGCCAGACCCACCGACAUCUUCCUCAGGGCCUGGUCAGCCUGUAGAGACUGUACCAAAGCUAUAGGUCACUACUUCAGCUGUAUCUGCGGGUUCAGAUUUCAAGGGUGACUUGUAUGGUCUUGAUUGGCUACCCAUGUUUGUCCUGGGUGCCACUGCCUCGUGUGCCUCCUACUCCAGUCAGCUCUGUGUUGAACUAGGUAAGAAAAGGUCUGUUGAAGCAAACAGCACUGACUGCACAUCUAGUGCGACAGAUCUUUUUGUAGGCAGUGCAGGAUCUUGGCAUCUGCUGAAUGUUGUGUCAGCCAAGAUUUCUUUCCGAGUUGGAUUGCAUCAUCUCAGCAUUUGUGAUGAGGACACAGAUUGUGUCCAUUCACUUGACAUGAAGUUGAUGCAGUUAGGACAAGCUGAGGACAAUAACAUGCUUCUGUUGAACUUCAGUUGCUGGUCUGCUGCCCUUAGAGGGCUUUUUUUUUUAAUAGCAUGUUAGUUGUCCUCAGGGAGACAAUAGGUGGGAUGGGUUCUUCUCUCCCCACCUGACCAGACAUGAAGCUCAUAAAAUUCUUUCCGUCAAAAUUUCCAGCAAUGUUCUUAAUACUCUGUGAAUCAGGCAAUGAUAGUGUGGUGUACCAUUAAGAUGCCAAGAAAGACACAAACACCUCAUCAGUUGCUUAUGGCAAACAUUUUGUUCCUAAUUAUUAAAAAGGUCAUGUAAUGUAAAUGUGCACAGCAUUUGGUUGCCCCCAAGAUUUUCUCCAUCCUAUGUGAAUUACAUUAUUUGCUAUUUCUUUUCAAGCCAGAAGAACUGUUGACAUUCACCACGAUGUGGUAUUAGGUAGGAGAAAAAAAAGGCAUGAAGCAAAUGUGCAAGAGUCAGUUAAGAUCUGACAAAGUGCAUGAGCUUUUUUUCUUUUGUUCAAUGCAGUGUUUGUGUAUCCUUAUUUUGUAUAAAAAUUAAUAUCCUGAUUUGAACAUAAAUUAGGGUCAAAUUUUUGGCAAUGGCUACAAGACAAUUGUACAGUAAACAAAUGUUGCUCAUUGGUCCUGUCAGUCCAUUUGCCAUCCAUCCUCAGCCCUUGCUUUUUGGUUUCUGGACAGGUGUUGGCUGGGAAUGGCAACUGGUUACAGUAUAGCGGAGGUUUGUAAGCUGUGUCUAGUAUGCAGGGAAAAUACUACUUGGGCUAGAAAAGCUGGGAUGUGGAGGGUAACGUUAUUGAAUUGUACAGACAGCCUCAAAAUUCUCUGUACAGGCAUUGCCAAAAGUAGUUAAUCUCUUUACCUGGGCCUUAGAAUUUGUGGUGCAGGUGGAGACAGCAGAACAAAUCAAAAAAAAAAAAAAAAAAGUUGUGUUAUUAAACUUUCUGUUUUUCAUGUGAUAUGAACAACAGCAGUGUGAGCUUUGGCUUAGUCUCAUCCGUAAGGCUGAACGGGUAAGGUCAGGAAGCUCUCCUGUUGCCCAUCUCAUGCUACAGAAGACCACAGGCAUCAAAGUUGCUGGGUGCUCAACAGAAUAGCCAGCUUUACACGCAGGGCUCCGCCAAUAGCAGCGUGCUGCUUUUUCUGCACUUCAUACUUCCACUGCUGUCAUCUUGGCCACUAACGAUGCUGUCAGCAUACUACUACAAGAAGCAGCAGCUUUAUUCGCAUCCUCCUCACUUUAUUCACACAUGCAACUCCUGUAUUGCUGCCCCACCCUCCACAUGUGUGCCCUUGAAUGCGUAGCAGAACAAAGUAACAGCAUGUGGCAAGACUGUGUAAUCAUGCAUGCUGGUAGAUGGAUGAAAGUGAAAAGAAAACUCAAGAUUUUUCUUUGAUGACAAUAAAUCUGCAUUUAUA